AUGAGGCUUCUCCGGCGCCGCUGCCUCUCCCUCCUUGCGAUCGCCUCCUGCUUUCUCCUCAGCUUUCUCCGCCCGCAUGCCAAUCCCUGCGACUACCCCACCGCCGGCCUCUCCACCGUGUGGACCAACAACCCUUCCAUCCUCCGCCAAAGCGUCGCCUUCCCCGACGGCGCCUCCGUCCGCGCCAUCCUUCUCCGCAUCGACCCCUCCGGAUUCGGCCCAUCCUUCGCCUGCGGCUUCUUCCGCGUCGCCUCUUGCGACGCAUUCGUCUUCUCCAUAUUCAUCGUGCACAGCCAUGACGGCAGCUUUAUCACCAACUCUGCUAUCGCAUCCCCGCAGGUCGUCUGGACAGCCAACCGCGACCGCCCCGUCGGCGACAACGCCACGCUCCAGCUCACCGAAACCGGCGACUUAGUUCUCCGCGACGUCGAUGACACCCUCGUGUGGUCCACGAACACGUCGAACAAACACGCGGCGGGUCUAAACCUCACGGAAGCGGGAAACUUACUGCUCUUUGAUCGCGCCAACGCUUCCGUCUGGCAGUCCUUCGACCACCCCACCGACACGCUCGUCAUCGGCCAGUCACUUUCCGAAGGGAUGCGACUCACUGCCGACGUCUCCGCCGCGAAUUACACCAGAAGCAGAUUCUACCUCACCGUCUUCCCCGACGGUCUCCGCGCCUACGUCGACUCCGAUCCGCCGCAGCUCUACUACCGGAAAGGCAUCACCACAGUGAAAGCCGGGAGCAAGCCGACGUAUGUUACCUUCACGAACGGCAGCCUAUCAGUCUUUGUUUCCUUCAAGCAACCCGGCAAGCCCGACAUAACGAUUCCGCUAACCCCGGCGGAGUCGGCUCAGUACAUGAGAUUCGAGUCCGACGGGCACUUGAGGCUCUACGACUGGAGCGCCGCCGGGUGGAGGAUGGUGAAGGACCUGCUCGAAGUGUACCCUGACGACUGCGCGUAUCCGACGGUGUGCGGCGAUUACGGCGUUUGCACGAAGGGUAAACAAUGCAGCUGCCCUUCGACGGACUAUUUCCGGCAAGUCAACGACCGGGAAGCUAAGCUCGGUUGUGAGCCGUUGACUCCUUUAUCUUGUGAAUUUUCACAUGAUCAUGAUUUGUUAACUCUCAAUAAUGUCUCUUAUUUCAAUUACAUCGACACCGAUGCGACCGCGUUUCGGAGUAUCAGUGAAGAGAGUUGCAGGACGGCUUGUUUGAGGAAUUGUUCGUGUAAAGCCGCGUUUUUUCAGUUCGGUGGGGGAAAUGCUUCUGAUGGGAACUGCUUCUUGCCCUCGGAGAUUUUCUCGUUGCAGACGAAUCAACUGGCGAUAAGUUAUUACAGUUCUUCUGCGCAUGUUAAGGUGCAGAGAAUCCCCUUAUCCCCUGCUUCUGCUCCUGCGAAAAGCCCGCCUCCAAUUACGAAGGACAUUGAUGCAGGAGUUCCAGUAGUUGUUAUUCUAGGAGUUGGAGUUUCCUUAGCGUUUGUUAUCAUUGUAAUUGUGUUUGGGGUAAGGAGAUGGAAGAGAGCGGAAGAGGAUGGGGAACUUUUCGAUCUAGUCCCAGGAAUGCCGAAACGGUUUUCAUACAAAGAAUUGAAAGAGGCUACAGGGAACUUCUCCAAGAAGCUCGGAGAAGGAGGAUUUGGGUCGGUUUUUGAGGGGAAAAUAGGCGACGAAAAGAUUGCCGUGAAGCGUUUGGAUUGGAUCGGUCAAGGAAAGAAAGAAUUUUUAGCUGAGGUCGAGACGAUCGGUAGUAUUCACCACCUUAAUCUUGUAAAACUGGUUGGAUUCUGCGUGGAGCGAACGCAUAGGCUUCUUGUUUACGAAUUCAUGUGCAACGGCUCGCUUGAUAAAUGGAUCUUUAGUGCGAAUCGAACUCCCGUUCUUGAUUGGCAUACGCGGCGGAAAAUUAUCUUAGACAUAGCAAGGGGUCUUUCGUAUCUUCACGAAGAGUGCAGGCAAAAGAUUGCCCACUUAGACAUCAAGCCGCAAAAUAUUCUCUUAGACAAAAAGCUCAAUGCUAAGGUUUCCGAUUUUGGACUAUCGAAACUCAUAGAUAGAGAUCAAAGCCAAGUAAUGACUCGAAUAAGAGGCACGCCGGGGUACUUAGCGCCAGAAUGGUUGACUUUGAAAAUAACAGAAAAGGUUGAUAUCUAUAGCUUUGGUGUUGUUAUAAUGGAGAUUGUGUGCGGGAGAAAGAACUUGGAUUACUCUCAGCCCGAAGAGAGUGUUCAUCUGAUUAGCUUAUUGCAAGAGAAAGUUAAAGCCAAUCGGUUGCUAGAUGUAGUCGAUUGUUACGACGACGAUAUAAAAUUGAAUGAGGGAGAAGUGAUUGAAAUGAUCAAGCUUGCGAUGUGGUGCCUGCAAAUCGAUAGUAGCGUAAGGCCUCCGAUGUCUACAGUAGUGAGGGUUUUGGAAGGCACGGUGGGUGUAGAAACUAGUCUUGCAUACAAUUUCGUAGCUACUAGUACAGCAAUGUCUAGCAAAGAUGAUACUUUGGAUUCUUUGUUUGUGCCUUCUGCAUCAGUUUUAUCAGGACCUAGGUGA